AUGACUUCCGCGGCGAACUGGGCGGCCCCUCCUUCACGGCCCCCUCUGAUCGAGACUUUGGUUUCCGGAGUCGACCGGUACAAUCCGUCCAAUGUCGGCAUCCUUGAGGACUACCUCUACCACCAGAUCCGUAGUGAGGAGUAUGACUGCCUUGCCAACCUUGCCAUUCUUAAGCUGUACCAGUUCAACCCGGACCUGUACAACCCCGAUGUUGUGAUCAACAUUCUCAUCAAAGCCCUCACCUCCGCCCCCUUCCCCGAUUUCAAUCUCUGCAUAUCCCUCCUGGACGAGCGUACCACCGCACCGCCGCAAGACGAGCCCGACCCCCUUCCUGAUCAGCUCCGUAUCCUCACCGCACUCCACGGUCUCUUGCAGCAAUGUCGCUUCCCUGCAUUCUGGGUCUUCUAUCGGUCGAAUGAUGUCGAGUCGUUGAGGGACAACUACACGGUGGAGUGCGUGGGGUUCGAGGACGCAGUGCGCCAGGUCGCUGUCCGCGCAGUUAAGGCCGCGUUCACGAGCAUAGGCAGUGAACGCUUGGGGUCCUAUCUUAACCUGUCUGGCCCUGAGCUGAAUGCCUACGUUCAAAAGCUCGGCUGGACGUGGAACGCAAGUUCGAGCGUCGUCGGUAUCCCACCCAAUCCCGACAACCAGAUCGAGUCGACAGUAGUUCAGGAGAACAUUCAGCUCUCUCAGCUCACAAAAGUCAUUGCACACGCCGCGCAGACAUCCCUUCCUGUUGUACCCGCUGUAAACUAG